AUGGAUCAACAAGGUCAAUCAGGGGUGCCUGGCCCUGCUGGCCGCCGGCUCCAUAUUGCCCAUCGUCGAAGUCCAUCCGAGUUGACACCUUUGAUGAUGGAACAACUUGCUAUCCAACAACAAAUUGAAUUACUUCAACAGCAACAGCAGCAAAUUGCGGCUACACAUCAGCAAUACGUGAACAUGGGACUACUGCAGCCCCAGCAACCACUUGCUCAAGUUCAAGGAUUUUCACCUACUAUGGGACAGGGAACAAUUUCCGGUGUGUCCUCGCAGGUCAAUGCUUUUCAAUUCCCACAACAGCUAGGAGUUCCUAUGAACAAUAACGGACCUUCCCAUCGUCGUAACCAGUCUGCUCUACCCGGUAUGGGCAUGGGUCCACCACCAGCUCCCUCGUCCGGCGCUUCAGGAUCGGCUUUCGCAGACCUUCAUCAACAAGGAAAUCAGAAUCGCGAGAACGGUGGCCCAUCCCGGGGGCGUGGUGCGCCAAUUGGAGCGGGGCACCAACGCCGUCACUCGUUAGCUCUUCCAGAAGCGAAGAAGGCUGCAGAACUUGCCCAACAAAAACGAACCGCCGCUGGUUUCCAAUUCCCAGCUCCUAGUGCCACGCCGUCCAGUACUUCGACAGAGGUUCCGUCGAUAGAAGAAAAACCCAAGACGCCCCAAGGGUUGGGUUUGCAUCGUGCAGGAAACUUGCGAGGUGGAGCACACGGAAGAAGCCAGUCUAUGGCUGUCGGCCGUGGAGCAACUGGUUUUCAAUUUCCCAUUCCGGAAAGCAGCCCUAUCGAGCCUCCGAAGCGUGGCCAUGGUCGGACACCUUCAAGGAAUUUUGAUGGCAAUUGGCGACAGCCAAAUAAUAAUAACAACAACUUGAACCAGGAUAACCAGAAAACAAACCAGGGUAUAUUUGGCCAGCAGCAAGGUGGAAACACUUUCCAGCCAGGCCAUCGUUCACGAGCGUCGAUGAACCAGUCCAUUGGUUCCAUUGGUCAAUUCCAAUAUGGCAACCAGCCUCAGUUGAUUCAACUGCCCCAGGGACAGGUUGUGAUGGCCCCGCAACUGUUCAACGGCCAACAGCUCAACCCACUACAACUCGCCCAGCUUCAGGCUAUGCAGCAAAACGGACAAAUGAACGGCCAGAUUGGUCUUCAAGCUAGCCAACAUGCUCCCCAGCAGUUGACUGCACAGCAACAACAGCAACAGCGCAAGACUCUCUUCACCCCGUACCUUCCACAAGCGAAUCUCCCUGCCUUGCUUAGUAAUGGGCAGCUUGUUGCAGGUAUUCUUCGUGUCAACAAAAAGAACCGCUCAGACGCAUACGUCACGUGCACGGAUCUUGACGCCGAUAUUUUCAUUUGCGGAAGCAAGGACCGUAACCGGGCUCUCGAAGGCGACUUCGUUGCCGUCGAACUUUUGGACGUGGACGAAGUUUGGUCUCAGAAGCGUGAAAAGGAAGAAAAGAAGAAACGCAAGGAUAUCACGGAUUCUAGGUCUGGUGACAAACUGUCUCGCUCCGAUUCUGGCGCCAACGGUGAAAACCAACAAGUUGGGCCUGAUGGCAGUAUUCGCCGCCGUGGUAGUCUGCGUCAGCGUCCGACCCAGAAGAAAAAUGAUGAUGUUGAAGUUGAAGGCCAGAGCCUUCUCUUGGUUGAGGAGGAUGAGAUCAGCGACGAGCAAAAGCCCCUAUAUGCUGGUCAUAUCGUUGCAGUCAUUGAACGGGUAGCGGGCCAAAUGUUCUCAGGAACUCUUGGUCUUCUGCGCCCUAGCAGCCAAGCUACGAAGGAGAAACAGGAGGCUGAACGUGCCGCUAGAGACGGCGGACAUGGUCGUCAUCAGGACAGACAACAGGACAAACCUAAGAUUGUGUGGUUUAAGCCUACUGACAAGCGUGUACCUUUGAUUGCAAUCCCCACCGAACAAGCGCCGCGCGACUUCGUUGAAAAACAUCAAGAUUAUGCAAACCGUAUCUUUGUCGCCUGCAUCAAGCGGUGGCCUAUCACUUCCCUUCAUCCCUUUGGCACUCUUGUCGAGCAGCUUGGCGAGAUGGGCGAUUUGAAAGUUGAAACUGAUGCGCUUCUUCGUGAUAACAAUUUUGCGGCCGACGAGUUUUCAGAGGCCGUGUUGAAGAAUGUUGGCUGGGAGGACUGGAACGUGGCGUCCGAGGGUGAUACACUACUUGCAACUCGCCGAGACUUCCGCGGUGAAAAAACUUUCACCAUUGACCCGACAGGCUCCAAAGAGCUCGAUGACGCCAUUCAUAUCAAGACGCUUGCCGAUGGCAAGGUUGAGCUCGGUAUUCAUGUGGCAGACGUAGCCCACUUUGUCAAGGCGAACUCAUUAGUUGAUCGUGAAGCCAAGAAAAGAGGCACGGGCGUUCAUCUAAUGAACCGGGUGGUGAAUAUGCUACCGCCUCGUUUGUCGACUGAGAUCUGUUCUUUACUUCCAGGUGAAGAACGCUUGACUGUCAGUGUCGUUUUCCAGGUUGAUACUGCAACCGGUGCUGUAGACGACGACGUCUGGAUUGGCAAGAGUGUAAUUAAGAGCUCCGGCAAAUUGACUUACGAUGAUGUCAAUUCUGCUAUCAAGGGAAACACAGACGCUUCUUUCGAAGGCGCAUCUACUGAUGACAUUCGACUUCUUGCAGCAAUCACUACCAAAUUCAAAGAAGCAAGAUUUGGUAACCGUGCUACCAACAUCCCGCCAUUACGACUCUUUUACCUGCUGGAUGAUGAGAAUAUACCCGUCGAACACAACAUUUUUGAUUCUUCACCAGCUCAUCAAGUUACUGAAGAGCUUAGUUACAAGGCCAAUUUCUUUGUCGCGCGAAAACUAUUCGCUGCAAUGCCCGACAAAGCGUUCCUUCGACGUCAAGCUGUUCCAAAUCCCCGCCGGCUACAGAAUUUCGUCGAUCGAAUGAACAGGCUCGGCUAUGAAAUUGAUCCAACAAGCAGUGGUACUUUGCAAGCUAGUCUGUUCAAGGUGGAAGAUGUCGACAUUCGCAGGGGCAUGGAAACUGUUCUUCUAAAGGCAAUGCAACGCGCGAAAUACUACGUUGCAGGUAAUGUCACCGAGGCACAACGCCAGCAUUACGCUCUGAACUUGCCCCUCUACAGCCAUUUUACUAGGCCUACCCGUCGCUAUGGCGACGUCAUCGUCCACCGUCAAUUGGAAGCAGUCCUUUCUAAUGGCGCUAUUGAAUUCACUGAAGACAUUGAUACUUUGGUGAAGACUGCUGAACAGUGCAAUAACAAGAAAGAUUCUGCACACAACGCCCAGGAACAAAGCGUCCAUAUUGAGUCUUGCCGAGUUAUGGAUAAAAAGCGGCUUGAACUUGGCGGCGAUCUCAUUAGUGAGGGUAUCGUUCUUUGUGUAUACGAGUCGGCGUUCGAUGUACUCCUCCCUGAGUUUGGUUUUGAGAAGCGUGUGCACUGUGAUCAGCUUCCAUUGAAGAAAGCAGAAUAUCGCAAAGAUACUCGUGUUCUCGAACUGUACUGGGAAAAGGGCGUGCCAUCUUCAGCCUACAUUCCCGAAGACGAGCGCCCCAAUGCAAGCAGCUCUAGAGCUGCGCACGCUGCUGCUGCGGCUCAAGAGGCGGAGGCAGCUCGUGCGCGUGCGCGCGAGAGAGAAGAAGCCCAGCGGAAGCAAACUGAGACUGGAACAAUGUCAACAGACGAUGUAGAUGCCCUCUUCGAUGAUGACGAUGACAUUUCGGAGGUGACUGAAAUGGCUGCUGGUGUUUCGCUCAGCUCCUCUACGGAUCGCCCAACACAGAGCAUGCCUCAAUCGCCAAUCUCCAAUGGUCAGGGCGAAGAACCACACCGCACCCGUUCGGAUCCAAAAAUAGCAGUGAGUGCGAAUGAGACUCCUGAAGCGAAAUUGACAGACAAAGAAAAAUAUCUCAAGCUUUUCAAGCUUCGUGAAGAAGACGGCGAGUACAUUCAAGACGUAACCGAAAUGACUCGCGUUCCCAUUAUUCUCAAGACGGAUUUGAGCAAGAGCCCACCCUGCCUCACCAUACGCUCCGUCAAUCCAUAUGCUCUGUGA